UGCUGGCACUUUACGUCUGGUGUUCAAUUCAACAACACGAGUCACAUUAAUCUUAUAUUUCGUACAAAACCGAUCCAUAUUUUAUUGUAAAUAAAAUUCAAUAAAAUUCCGGUGGACGUAUUGGACGAAGAUGUCCGGUCUGCAAGAUAUUCCGCUUGCCGAUCCCGAGGGUCUGUCUGUGGAAGGCCCCGAGGUGGCCCCCGCUCCAAAGUCCAAUUCCUUGAAGCGCUUCUUUAAGAUCAGCAAGAAGCCACUGAUGCGUGACCAAGUGGAGGAUGACGACGAGAAUUCCUCGCAGGACAACAAGGAGCUGGGAAAGUCUAACACUAUAAGUCGCUUCUUCACCCGCAUGAAGGGAGCCAAUAAUAAAGAUGCUCAAGAUCCUUCGAGCUCGGUGGUCGAACCCGUGGAUAAGCCGCUGCCGAAUGCUAAACCCACGAUUAAGACAUCCAUUUCAUCCUACUGGAAGGUGCUGUUCAACCGCCAGAAGAGCCAGCGCCAAAACGCGGCUUUCGGACAGUCCACUGCCAAUAAAGUGGAUAACGAGUCUGAAGAAGUCCAUGAACUGCAGCCAGUGAGCCCAGAUCCCGAUACCUAUACUCAGCCGACUGUUAAGGAUGAGCAGGAUGAAAUGGAACGUGGCACGGGCCCGGAGCCACCCAACCCGAAGCCCACCAAAAGUGUUGCCAGCAAGGCAUCCGGUCAGGAGAUUCUCAGUGCAUUAGAGGGCGGCCAGCUGUCCACCAAUGAUCACGAGAAUGCGGCUUCCAUUUAGCCGUCUUCAGUUAACACCAAUCAAACACGUUCUAGUAUCUCUACCGAUCUUGAGUGAAAGGCUUAGAAGUCAGUUAGGGAGCUGCUUCAAUCUUACACAAUAUAUACUCUUUAAACAGUUCCCUGCACAAGGAUUUUCGCUUUGAUUCCGAGCUCACGAAAUAAACACAUACACGCCCCAUUAUGUUGGUCCUCUGAA